UAACAUAAGGGGAAGGGGGUCGUAAAAAUUUCUAGUAUUGAAUUAAAUAAACUUUUGGCUUGAAGAAUUUCUGAUCAGAUAUUUUCUGCUUUGUCACCACUUGGUUUAUUUUGUUCGGAUGCUGAAAUUUUAUUCUAUUGUUUGGACCUUAUUUUGCUAACACAAUCUUCAAUCAUUUUGAUAGAUCUAUUUGUAUUGCAAGUGGUGCGAAGCUCAGCUUCGACUCCGUUAUCUUUAAAAAAACUGCUAAUAACCUUUGUUCAGAUUUCAUGGUCCAUCUUCGAAAACGGGACCCUGCGGGGUUUGCGAAAUCCAGGAACCUUGCAAAUAGAAUUAAAGGUAAUGAGGAGAAGAAGGAAACUGAGAAAUCUGCCAAACUUCUUGAUUAUUUUAGCUCGGGUUUUUCGUUUGUUUUUGGUGACGUGAAUGGCUUUAGCAGUGGAUCUGAAACAGAUUCUGCCUACACCCCUCUAAACUCAAUUGCAUUCAAACUAUUCCUUAUUAGUCGUUUUUGCUCUGCCAUGAUGUCUAAUAUUAACGAUUGUGAUGAAACCUACAAUUAUUGGGAACCACUGCACUUCAUAUCUUAUGGAUGUGGAUUUCAAACGUGGGAGUAUUCGCCUCAUUUUGCUCUCAGAUCAUACGCCUUUCUCUGGUUAUACGGCUGGAUUGUACCUCUGGCAAAUUAUUUUGCGCCGUCUCGUUUAGUGAUGUUUUUUGUUGUUCGCUUAACUCUUGCCUUUCUCUGCUCAUUUUUUGAGCUUCUCUUCUACAGAGCAGUAGUGAAAAUUUACGGCAACAGUGUUGCCAGGCUAGUGCUACUUUUCUUAGCCUUUAGUCCAGGAAUGUUUGCAGCAUCAGUUGCCUUUCUUCCAAGUUCGUUUGCAAUGUAUAUGUGUCUCAUUGCUUUUUCUAGUGUUUUACUGUUCCAAAACUUUUUGGCAAUUUCCAGCAUAGCCUUGUCUGUUCUUGUCGCAUGGCCUUUUUGUGCAAUCAUCGGAAUUCCUGUGGCACUAGAUGUGAUAUUUAUUCAAAAGAAGUUCAAAGUUUUCAUAUUUUACUCUAUAAUAUCAUUCUUCCUGAUUAUGUCUUACAUGUGCUAUAUCGACUCUCAAUAUUAUAACAAGUUUGUAGUUGCGACAUUUAAUAUUGUGAAUUACAACAUCUUCUCCUCACAUGGGCCGGACUUGUACGGAACAGAACCUUUGAGUUACUACUUUAAAAAUGCUUUCCUAAACAUGACUGUGGCUUUUCCGUUGUCCCUAGUAUUACCGGUUGUUCUUUUGGCCAAGUCGUGGAGUAAAAACAUGCGUGACAUUUUCUACUACAGUCGAAAGUGGCUUCCGUUAUUAGCAUUAUACUUGUGGUACUUUGUGUUUUUCAUGCAGCCUCACAAAGAAGAAAGGUUUCUUUACCCAAUUUACCCGCUUAUUGCUCUUGCUGCAGCUUGUACGCUGGCCCUUUUUAGCAGUUUCUUCUCCAAGACAUCUCGCUUGAGAUAUAUAGCAUCAACGGUUACAUUCCUUGCGCUAAGCACGCAUAUAACACUGGGAGUGUCUCGUAUUGGAGCCCAAUUUGUGGGUUUUCAUGCGCACAUGGACGUGUACGGGGACUUCAAUGUAUGGUAUGAGCAGAACCAUUUGAUCAACUCGCAUGGUGUUGAAAAUAAAGAAGAUCCGACUGUAGAGAACUCAAUUUUGUGUGUGGGAAGGGAGUGGUACAGAUUUCCCUCCUCAUUUUUCUUGCCUGACAACGUGCGAUUACAUUUUAUACAGUCUGAGUUCAAAGGCCAACUACCAGCCCGCUUCUCGGAGGGUAUUGAGGGGACCACUUCACUGCUCCAUACUCACUUCAACGACAUGAACAAAGAGGAGGCUUCCAGGUACGUAGAGGUGUCCAGGUGUGACUUCCUAGUGGACACAAUGAUAGCUGGAAAAGAAGAUAGUGUGCUGGAACCUCUGUUUGGUGCUAACCUGGAUAAGUGGAAACCGAUAGUAGCGAGAGAAGUCAUUGACCCCGAGGCAUCCAACCCUCUAUGUCGUGCAUUCUACAUUCCAAUUGUGUCCAGAUGGUGCACGAAGUAUGUGAGCUAUCUGGUGCUGCAGGCAGUCGCUAAGUAAAGUGGAACCCAUCAAAUGACCUUUCAUUGUAGACUAUUAGAAGCUGACGAUGGGCAUGUGUACCAACCUUAUUGUCGAUAUGGAAAGUUGACUGUUUGCUCUAUCUGGAAGAAGUGGAUCAUUAAAUUUUCCAUUGAAAACUUUCCUCUAUCUGGAAAUCAUUCCUAUUUAAUUGGAUCAUUGAUAUUAUUCAUAAACUUUGUUUUUUUUCUGAUGUUGGAAACGGACAAAUUUGUAUCUUAGCGGCUAAAAAAGUGGGGAAAAAGUUUUCCAUUGUUUCGUGAACAACAAAAAGUAUCUAAUUUUCCCAUGCUUUUUGCAUAUUAGAGAGAGGGUAUUCGGUUAUCUAUUGUAUGGAAAACCGUUAUGGAUGGCUGAUGAACUGUUCUGUUAAAAUGAUAUUUAUUUUGGAUACGUGUAAUCAGUUAUUUAUGUGCAUUGCAUUGUUGUAAUUUGAUCUGUUUAUUAUUGUUAUUUUGUCGUGGAUUUAUAACCAUCCUACAUUUUAUUAUUUGUCAUAGUAGCAAGAAGAUAUGUUUAUUUAUUUGGAUAUGAAAUGUGGAAGAACAAGGAAUGCAUCUGUUAUGACAACGAUUGCAUUAAAAGCAGAAGCAAUAAAUAAACCAAAUCAAUUCGAAAAAAAUUCGCUUUGGAAAUCAACAUCUAUUUUUGCCUUGUCAAUCAGUGCAAUCAUCACCAAAAAACAGCAAUGGAAGGGAAACAGUUGCGUCUCGUGAGCGGAUUAGUG